GGGAUCUUCAUCUUCAUCCAUCAUCAAGUCAUCUGUAUUGCUUCAAAAUGACGAUGCUUAAUUUUUCUGGCCUUCCCAACAAUACGCCCUGUCUCAGUUACUGGCAGCGCACCACUCGGGCAUUCCCUCUUUUGUACGCAAACCGCCACAAUUCAGUGCCCGCCACGUCGAAAUACGUCGUCAUUGGCUCUGGUCUUUCUGGUGCUCUGACAACCUUUGAGCUUCUCGAAGGAGGUGUUAAAGGAGAAGAUAUUAUUAUCCUCGAGGCAAGAGAAGCAGCAAGUGGUGCGAGUUCCCGCAAUGCUGGCCAUGUCCGACCGGAUGCAUUUCGUGGUUUCACGGCAUAUUCCAAAGUGCAUGGCGAAGAUCAAGCUCUGAAGAUUAUCGCAAACGAACGUCUUGUCUUGCAGAAAGUGGAUGAAUUUGUAAACCAGCACAGUGUUCCAUGCGAUUUUAACCUCACCACAACGUUUGAUGUCUGCAUGACGCCGGAAUUUGCCGAGUAUGAAGCUGCCAGUCUCGAAGCGUAUCGACAGGCAGGAGGUGAUGUCUCGCAUGUCAAGUAUCAUCAAGCACACGAGGCACAACAGCGAACCAAGGUCAAGGGGGCUGUGUCCGCGUACGAGUGGCCUGCAGGAUCUAUCCAUCCAGCAAAACUAGCCCAGUUUCUUCUCCAGGAAGUGGUAUCCAAAGGCGUCCAACUAUUUACAUUCUGUCCAGUAACAGAGAUGAAGCGCAACGCGUCAGGAGCUGAACUGUGGGAUAUACACACUCCGCGUGGAAUCGUGGCAGCAGAAAAAGUCAUCCACUGCACAAACGCCCAUGCAGCACUGCUACUGCCUAUGUUGCGUCCCUAUAUCACUCCGAAUCGUGCUCAAGCUCACUCCCUCAUCCCAACUCCCGAAUUUGCAGCGGGAAAUGUCCUCCCCAGCACCUUCUCCCUCCGCUACAGCCUCCACCACUUCUACUCCCUCAUCCAGCGACGUGGCGAUGGCACACUCAUCCUAGGCGUAUCUCGCUCCAACCCGACCCUAAGUGAGGAAGCAAUUGCCGGUCGCCUCAGCACUGAUGACUCGAAAUACAACAAGGAAAUCGCAAACGAUGCCCUCCGCAGCUUCCGAGAUAUCUUCCCCAACUAUCGCCCCGACACCGCUAUGCAUGGAGAGGGGCUGGAUCAUGCUUGGACGGGCAUCAUCGCGAUGACUACUGAUUCAGUGCCGUUUGUGGGUGCCAUUGAGUCUUUACCAGGACAGUAUGUCUGUGCGGGAUUUAAUGGACAUGGAAUGGCACGCAUCUUCACCUCUGCUCCUGGCAUUGCGAAGAUAGUCCUUGGGAAAGAGUGGACAGAAACUGGGCUGCCAGAGUGUUUUCAAAUGAGUGAGAAACGGUUGGCCAGGCUGGCCGGGGAGUCUGUGCCUUCGGUGUGGUGAUACGGAAAAUAGAUCAUUUACUAUCAUACUAACAGAUAAUUAUGUAUAAAUUGAUAUUGCGAUAGUGAAUGGAACAUGUCCCGGGU